CAUUAGAUCCUAUUCCCAGAUAUCUUCAUAUCUACACAAAUGCGAGCAUAACAUUCUUGGUUCCUCUUUGGAACAAUUUAUAUACAUAGCCCCGGAGACGCAGUAGCAGUAGACAAAUACAAAGUACCACACCACUUUCUAAGCUUGAACACUAACGAUCAUAUGGCUCAAGUGGGUUCUCUCUCUGCUGAACUUGAGACACUGAAUCAUGUUUUGUCACUAAUGGAAGCAUUCAGAGCAUUCGACGCGGACAACGACGGCCGCAUAGAGGCGGAGCUAGGUGGAAUCAUGGGGUCCCUCGGGUACAACGCGAGUCAGCAAGAAGUGAGGGCAAUGAUGCAACAAGGGGACAAGAACAAGGAUGGGCUACUAUGUGUUAACGAGUUCUUGGAGCUGAACACGAAGCAUUUGGAGACUGGGAAUCUUGCAAGUGUCCUCAGCGCAGCAUUUGAAGCGUUGGAUGAAGAUGGGAACGAGAUUCUGACAGGUGAAGAGCUGCAUGAGGUGAUAGAAAAUUUGGGUCUUGGAUUGUCACUAGAGAAGUGUCAAAAUAUUGUGGGUUCGCUUGAUGUGGAUGGAGAUGGAGCUGUGAGCUUGGAUGAAUUCCGACUCAUAGUUGAAUCCCUCCUCUAAUUAAGAUAUAUGUUUAGCUAUAGACGAAUAAGGUGUAUGAUCAAUAAUCAUGUACUUUAUAAGCUAAUAGAAAUAUAUUUUGUGAUCAAGUAAUAA